AUGGAGCUUUUGUUCCAGGUGCUGGGGCUGGAGUGGCUUGAUUAUAAGACUAUUCUGAUAUUUUUAUUUCUUUUUGCCCUUUUUACUGAGGUUGUUAAAAACUGGCGCCCUGAAGACUACCCUCCCGGACCGUGGCCAAUCCCUUUCAUUGGAGAUGUAGCUCGCAUCAAUCCUUCAAGAAUUCACCUGGAUUUUGCUCAGUUGGCAAAGAAGUAUGGGAACAUCUUCAGCCUUCGUUUGUUUGGAGGUCGGAUGGUGGUGAUAAACGGAUACAAACUGGUGAGAGAGGCUCUGUCCGUCAGAGGAGACGACUACGCCGACAGACCAACGCUACCUAUUUUUGAGGAUCUGAUUGGAAAUGGAGGUCUUGUGGCUUCAAAUGGAUACUUGUGGAAGCAGCAGAGACGCUUUGCUCUUCACACUCUUAGAAACUUCGGUCUGGGCAAGAAAUCUCUGGAACCGGCCAUUCAACAGGAGUGCCAGUACCUCGCUGAGGCUUUUGCUCAACAGAAAGGUCGACCCGUUGACCCUCAAUUACAUAUAAACAAGGCUGUGUCCAACAUCAUCUGCUGUUUAGUGUUUGGGGAACGUCUGGAGUACAACAACAAGCUACAUCAGAAGAUUUUGCUGGAUUUCAAGGAGCUUCUCCUGGUGGAGGGCAGCAUCUGGGCCCAGAUAUAUAAUGUUGCCCCCUGGCUGAUGAAGCGGCUUCCUGGACCUCACCAAAGAAUUUUCAUUCUUACUCAAAACAUAAUUGACUAUGUUCAGAGUAAGAUUGAUGAGCACAAAGAAAGCUUUGAUCCGUCCAAUCCACGAGACUACAUCGACUGCUUCCUCGCAGAAAUGGCAGAGAAAGAAGACAAAGAGGCAGGAUUUGAUCAGAAGAAUUUAUGUCUAUCUGCUAUGGACUUAUUUGUCGCUGGGACAGAGACCACUACAACAUCACUGAAUUGGGCGUUACUGUUUAUGAUUCACUACCCCCACAUCCAAGAGAAGGUCCAGGCUGAGAUUGAUGCGGUGGUGGGUUCGUCUCGUCAACCCUCUAUGCAGGACAGAGACAAUCUCCACUUCACAAACGCUGUCAUCCACGAGGCCCAGAGAAUGGGUAACAUCAUCCCUCUCAACGUGGUGCACAUGACCACCAAAGACACCACUCUGGAGAAUUACACCAUCCCCAAGGGCGUCAUGGUUAUUGGAAACCUCGAUUCUGUGCUGAAUGACAAGACAAUGUGGGAAUCUCCAGAGACCUUCAAUCCUCAGCACUUCUUGGAUGAAAAUGGGAAAUUUAGGAAGAGAGAUGGCUUCCUGGCCUUUUCUAUCGGUAAGCGUGUGUGUCUGGGAGAACAGUUGGCCCGGAUGGAACUGCUCUUGUUUUUUACCGGGCUCCUGCAGCGUUUCACCUUCUCUGCACCCGAAGGAAAGAUGCCGCCGCUGGAAGCCUGCAUGAGCUUGGAAUAA